AUCUAACCAUGAGCUACCCAGGCUUUCCCCCACCCGCAGGCGGCUACCCCCCACCUCCACCAGGUGGCGGUCCCUGGGGAGGUGCUGGCUACCCCCACCCCCCGCCCCCGCCCAACAUGCCUCCCAUCGGGUUGGAUAACGUGGCCAACUACGCAGGGCAGUUCAACCAGGACUACCUCUCCGGACUGGCAGCCAACAUGUCGGGGACGUUCGGAGGAGCCAAUGUGCCAAACCUGUACCCUGGGGCGCCUGGGGGUGGCUACCCUCCAGUGCCUCCUGGGGGUUUUGGGCAGCCCCCUUCUGCCCAGCAGCCUGGUCCUCCAUAUGGGAUGUACCCGCCCCCUGGAGGAAACCCACCCUCCGGGAUGCCUUCAUAUCCGCCAUAUCCAGGGGCCCCUGUGCCAGGCCAGCCCGUGCCGCCCCCUGGGCAGCCACCAGUGACCUACCCUGGACAGCCACCAGUGCCACCUCUUGGGCCGCAGCAGCCGGUGCCAAGUUAUCCAGGAUACUCGGGGUCCGGAACUGUCACCCCUGCCGUGCCCCCAUCCCAGUUUGGAAACCGAGGCACCAUCACAGAUGCUCCUGGCUUUGACCCCUUGCGAGAUGCCGAGGUCCUGCGGAAGGCUAUGAAAGGCUUUGGGACCGACGAGCAGGCCAUCAUCGACUGCCUAGGGAGUCGCUCCAACAAGCAGCGGCAGCAGAUCAUGCUGUCCUUCAAGACAGCUUACGGGAAGGAUUUGAUCAAAGAUCUGAAAUCUGAACUGUCAGGAAACUUUGAGAAGACAGUCUUGGCUCUGAUGAAGACCCCAGUCCUCUUUGACGUUUAUGAGAUAAAGGAAGCCAUCAAGGGGGCUGGCACCGAUGAGGCCUGCCUGAUUGAGAUCCUCGCCUCCCGCAGCAACGAGCACAUCCAGGAAUUGAGCAGAGCCUACAAAACAGAAUUCAAAAAGACCCUGGAGGAGGCCAUUCGGAGUGACACAUCAGGGCACUUUCAGCGGCUCCUUAUCUCUCUCUCUCAGGGAAACCGGGACGAAAGCACAAAUGUGGACAUGUCGCUUGUCCAGAGAGAUGUCCAGGAGCUGUUUGCAGCUGGGGAGAACCGCCUGGGAACAGAUGAGUCCAAGUUCAAUGCAGUUCUGUGCUCCCGGAGCCGGGCCCACCUGGUGGCAGUUUUCAACGAGUAUCAGCGAAUGACAGGUCGAGACAUUGAGAAGAGCAUCUGCCGGGAGAUGUCCGGGGACCUGGAGCAGGGCAUGCUGGCCGUGGUGAAAUGCCUAAAGAAUACCCCAGCCUUCUUUGCUGAAAGACUCAACAGAGCCAUGAGGGGAAUAGGAACAAAGGACCGGACCCUGAUUCGCAUCAUGGUGUCUCGCAGCGAGAUCGACCUCCUGGACAUCAGAAUGGAGUAUAAGCGGCUGUAUGGCAAGUCGCUGUACCACGACAUCUCGGGAGACACUUCGGGAGAUUACCGGAAGAUUUUGCUGAAGAUCUGUGGUGGCAACGACUGAGCAGUGACGGGUGGUUCACUUCUGUCCACCUGCUGGCAAGGGUGAUGCCGGGAAAAGGCCAAAGAAUAUCCACCUGCUUCUAACAAAUCCUCAACAUAGCCCCUCAGGUGUCCCAUUGCGGGCCGUCCGCAGAGCCUUGGCCCUGUCCUCCCCUGCCCCUCCUGAUCUGUCCAGCGUGCUCCUGCCGAAGGACCUGGGUCUGUCUCCAGCUCUCGCAGGAUGCCUUUUCCUCCCCACCCCUCACAGCUUCUUACUGCUCAAGUAGAUGUUUUAUUUCCUGACUCAUGCAAUCAUUCCCCUUUGCUUGUGGCUGAGACUCUUGGCUUUGUUUUCGUCAUGUAGUUUUCUAUGUUUAUUUGGAGGCAUUUUUUUUAUAGUCGUUGCCAGACAGAUGCAUACAAGUCUGUUUGCUGCAUACACAUUUCCAGUGAGAGAGGUUGGGUGGGGGAGCAGUGUGUCUGUCCUCACUGAGGAGUAAAAGGGAAGACCUUUUAAGGGUCAUCUUUGCAUCUGGUAAGAAUGUGUCAUGAGCUUUGUUUUUGCCAAACUCACUCCUUUUUAGAAAAGAAAAAAAAAAAGCCAGAAAGUCAUCUGUUUCUUCUUCCAUGCAAAACCACAAGAACAAAGCCAGCUCCCUGCCAGUGAUAGGGCUUCUUAUAAUUUGGAAUGUGCCUUAAACCUGAAUGUCAAUAGCCAAAAGCUGUUUCUAAAUUAAAGUCAGCCAGCUCUGGAACGUUCUGGAAAUGUU